AGCCCGCCCAGACCAAACCUUCCUCCCCCAGCUCAGGCAGUUCGUUGCCCUCUCUGCCUGCCUGCUGCAGUCAGACUCCAUUACUGCGAUCCAGGACAGUGAAGGUUCUCCAACAGGAACCAUGUUUCGGACUCUACCACCAACCCUGGGCCUCGUGCUGCUGCUUCACCUCACGGCUGCUCACGUUUUCCUGGACGGCAGGGAGGCCAACCAGGUUCUGACCAGACUGAGACGGGCCAACAGCUUUCUGGAGGAACUUAAACAAGGCAACAUGGAGAGGGAGUGCAACGAGGAGCGCUGCAGCUGGGAGGAAGCACGAGAGAUCUUUGAAGAUAAAGAGAGAACUGAUGAGUUCUGGGCCGUAUAUGUGGAUGGCGACGCCUGUCUGUCCAAACCCUGUGCUAAUGGCGGUCAGUGCACGGAUACGAUUGGAAGCUACAAGUGCUACUGCCAGGAGGGAUACAAGGGCUUCAACUGUGAAAUUGUUAUCCCAAAGCUCUGUGAAAAUGAUAACGGCGGCUGUGAUCACUUCUGCCGCGUUGCCAACAGAAAUGUUGAGUGCUCGUGUGCUGAUGGAUACUUCUUGGGUCAAAAUGGAAAGUCCUGUGAAUCCAAUGAGCCUUUUAAAUGUGGUGUCCUCGUCAGCAACAAGGUCCGGCGGUCACUCGUGGAGCCUGGAGAUCAGAACAUGGAAGAAGUGAAAGCCCCCAAGCUGAACAACACUGCAAACUCUACAGAGCAAAAGAACAUCCUUGACACUGAUGAUCCGUUCUGGUCCAGAGACAUCAGCAGCCAGCUCCCAGCUCCUAUGCCCGAUUUGAUGAGUUCAGGUACCAUUGACAGGUCGGGGACAGUUCGGAUUGUCGAUGGAGAGGACUGUCCAGCAGGAGAAUGUCCAUGGCAGGCUCUACUGAUCAAUGAGGACAACAUCGGAUUCUGUGGGGGAACGAUUCUGACCGAGUACAUCAUCCUGACUGCGGCUCACUGCAUGAACCAAUCACGUUACUUCAUCGUCAAACUUGGUGAACACAACACCACACAACAAACCAGUUGGGAAAUGUCCCAUGAGGUGGAUGUGAUCGUCUCCCACUACAAGUACAACCCAGAAACUUACAACAACGACAUCGCACUCGUAAGACUGUCCAAGCCCAUCAGGUUCAACAAAUACAUCCUCCCGGCCUGCAUACCGCAACCAGAUUUUGCAGAAAACGUCCUGAUGCGUCAGAGGGACGGUCUGGUCAGCGGUUUUGGUCGGCUUGGUGAGGGUCGAGAAACAUCUACGAUCCUACAACGCCUCUCCGUGCCCUACGUGGACCGGCUCACCUGCAUUGAAUCCACCCAGUUGCGCAUAUCUAUGCGCAUGUUUUGCGCCGGCUACGACACAAUCGCUAAGGAUGCCUGCCAGGGUGACAGCGGCGGCCCGCAUGUCACACGUUACCAUGACACCUACUUCAUCACCGGCAUCGUGAGCUGGGGCGAAGGGUGCGCACGCAAAGGGAAAUACGGCGUCUAUACGCAAGUGUCUAAAUACAUCCACUGGAUCAGAGAAGGCAUCAAGAAGCUGACACCCAGAGUAGAGAACCGACAAAGGAGGGACCAUGGCGCCAUCAAGAGGCUGUACCUUUAAGCUAGCUAGAACAACCCGCUGAGAAUGUAAUCAUGUAAUCACUUUAAAAUGGCCAUGUUAUAGCCAAACAAGUGAUCAAUUUGUAAGGAGCGACAUGCCUUUUCGAGUACAGAUGGAGUUCCUCAAGGUUGAUACUUUGUGUCCCUUCAUUUUCUGUUUUGUUUAAGCUGCAUUGUUGAUUUGAAUAUUUUAGGUUGCAGAAAGAGUUGACAUUUAAUAAAGAAAUAAGUGUUUAAUUUACUUUUUCCACUUGAAAAACUGCUCAGAAAUGUAUUUCCUUUAACUUGAGCUUUUCUUUCUGGACCAAUAGUUUUAGAAGCUAUAACACACAAACUUAAAAACCUGCUAUUCUGAUGUAAAGGUUUGCUGGACAGAAUUAUUAAACACCUAGAAAACAA